AUGGGCUUGGGCCAUGAGCAAGGAUUUGGUGCCCCCUGCUUAAAGUGCAAGGAUAAGUGUGAAGGAUUUGAGCUUCAUUUCUGGAGAAAAAUAUGCCGCAACUGCAAAUGUGGCCAGGAAGAGCAUGACGUCCUCACAAGCAAUGAGGAGGACAGGAAAGUGGGGAAACUCUUUGAAGACACAAAAUACACAACCCUUAUUGCAAAGCUGAAGAAUGAUGGCAUUCCCAUGUAUAAACGCAAUGUAAUGAUACUGACUAAUCCAGUCCCAGCCAAGAAGAACAUAUCCAUCAAUACUGUGACUUACGAGUGGGCUCCUCCUGUUCAGAAUCAGACACUUGCUAGACAGUAUAUGCAGAUGCUACCAAAGGAGAAGCAGCCUGUUGCUGGCUCGGAAGGCGCGCAGUACAGGAAGAAGCAGUUGGCUAAGCAGCUGCCCGCUCACGAUCAGGAUCCUUCGAAAUGCCACGAGCUCUCCCCCAAUGAAGUUAAGCAGAUGGAACAAUUUGUGAAGAAGUACAAAAACGAGGCACUUGGUGUAGGGGAUGUCAAGCUCCCUGGUGAGGUGGAAACGAGAGCUACUGAGAAGAAUAAUGUGAACAAUGGUGACAGAGGCACCUCAGCUGCUGUAGGAGCAAUGGAUGACAAGUCCCCAGAUCAGAAGGCAUCUCAGUAUUCCUGCUAUCGCUGCAAACUGAACAUGAAAGAAGGUGACCCAGCUGUCUACGCAGAACGUGCUGGAUAUGACAAAUUGUGGCACCCAGCUUGUUUUGUCUGUUGCACCUGCAGUGAACUUCUAGUAGACAUGAUCUAUUUCUGGAAGAAUGGUAACCUGUACUGUGGAAGACAUUAUUGUGACAGCGAAAAACCCCGCUGUGCUGGAUGUGAUGAGCUAAUAUUCAGCAAUGAAUAUACUCAAGCGGAAGGCCAAAACUGGCAUCUGAAACACUUCUGCUGUUUUGACUGUGAUUGCGUUUUGGCUGGCGAAAUCUAUGUAAUGGUGAAUGACAAGCCAGUCUGCAAACCCUGCUACGUGAAGAACCAUGCUGCGAUCUGCCAAGGCUGUCAUAAUGCUAUAGAUCCAGAAGUUCAGCGUGUGACAUACAACAGCUUCAACUAAAAAAAGGAAUGCUUCUUGUGUUCCUGUUGCAGCAAGUGUCUAAUUGGCCAGAAGUUCAUGCCGGUGGAAGGGAUGGUCUUUUGCUCAGUGGAAUGUAAGAAAAAGAUGAUGUCUUAA